GAGAAACAAAAGAGUAAAGUAGAAACGUCAUCGCCAAAGAUACGGAGCCCGAAUUAUGUUUUGUGCCGAGAAACGAAACAACUGCCACGGGAUAUGUGUGGUUGUACCUUGCUCUGCGUCCAAGGCUUAUUAACGUGUAUAUUUCGUUGUUAUUGCUGGAGCUUGGUUGUAAUAGACGUGGCCAACGAUUGCUUGCUUCACAAAUCUCGUGAGCUAUUGACAGGAUAUGUUAUGAAUCUGUGCAAAAAGAAGGAAUGACAUUCUCUUGAAGAAUAUAUUUAGUUUUUGGAAAAUCAGAAUGGAAGAGACACUAGUGAAAGUAGCUGUAAGAAUCCGUCCCCCGCUGUUUAGAGAAAUCCUUCAUAAUCAUCAAGUUUGUGUACGACCCGUACCCAACACACAGCAGCUUAUAAUCGGUAAAGACCGCGUGUUUACCUUUGACUAUGUAUUUGGUAAGGUCUCCACUCAAGAUGAAGUUUACAGUACAUGUAUCAAACCACUCCUGUCGUCACUGAUAGAAGGAUAUAAUGUGACUGUUUUUGCCUAUGGACAAACUGGCUCUGGCAAGACUUACACUAUAGGAGGAGGCAAUGUUGCUUCUGUUGCUGAGGAAGAGAAAGGUAUCAUUCCACGUGCCAUCCAGGAACUUUUUCAGAGCAUGAUUGAACAUCACAAUAUUGACUUUAGUGUUAAAGUGUCUUACAUAGAAGUAUAUAAAGAAGAAUUGAGGGAUCUACUGGAACUUGAGUCCACUGCAAAAGAUCUCCACAUCAGGGAAGAUGAAAAGGGGAACACAGUUAUUGUUGGUGCCAAGGAAUUCCAAGUGGAAAGUGCCGAUGAAAUAAUGAGUUUGCUACAAACAGGAAGUGCAGCUCGUCAUACAUAUGCUACCAACAUGAAUGAACAUUCAAGCCGCUCUCAUGCCAUCUUCACGAUUAACAUAAGUCAACAAAGGUCAGAAAAAAAUGACAGUUCUGAAGAUAGCUUGGCUAAGUCCGUCCAGCUGAUUUCCUCAAAAUUUCACUUUGUUGAUUUGGCUGGCUCUGAAAGAGUUACAAAAACUGGGAACACCGGAGAAAGAUUUAAAGAAUCUAUUCAGAUAAACAGUGGUUUGCUGGCUCUGGGAAAUGUGAUAAGUGCACUGAGUGACCCUAAAAAAAAAGGUGGACAUAUUCCUUACAGGGAUGCAAAGAUUACUCGUAUUCUCAAAGACUCGCUAGGUGGAAAUGCAAAAACAGUCAUGAUUACCUGCAUAAGCCCCUCUUCUUCUGAUUUUGAUGAGUCUUUAAACUCUCUCAAAUAUGCCAAUAGAGCACGAAAUAUCAAGAACAAACCAAUUGUAAAUUAUAAUCCUGAAUGGGACAGAAUUGAUGAAAUGGAGCUGGAGAUCAAGGCUUUACGGGAAGCUCUGCAAAACCAACAAAGCAGUAGACUGGGUCGUACAAGCCAAGUGUCUCCAGAAUGGGAACAAGACAAAAACAAGAUUAAGUCUCUUGAAGAAAAACUUACUCAGCUUCAUGUGGAGAGUUUAAACCUUCAGCACUGUACUGAAGAAGCUAUAUCACUGUGUCUUGAGCUGAAGGAUGUUUCUGGUCUCACAAAACCCCAACAGCUUAGACUUCAGAAUUGGCUUGAUAUGGUAGGAGAGUUAAGAAAUGAAGUGGCUGGUGUUUCAAGAAAUUACAAUACUUUUAGUAUUGACAAAGAAGAGCCAAAUCAUAUUACCAUCUUGCAGCUAAAACGAGAGCUAAAGAAAUGUCAGGAUGCUUUGGCAACAGAUGAAGAAGUGUUUGGAAAAAAAGAACUGGAGCUUCAGAAAUUACAAGAACAAAUUCAAUCGCUUCUGCAGGAAAAUGAAGAAUACAAAAAGUCUCUUCAAGAGGCACAACAUGCUAAGAACUUACAGAUGGAAAAACUUGUAGAGCAGCAGCUCCUCAUUGAUAAUCUUCAAAAUAAUCUGGAGAAGAUGUCACAUAACCAGUUUUCUCAGGUUGAGGGAAAGGAAGAGGAACUAAUGAAUAUAAAUGCUAUCAGACCACAUAGUGUACCUCUAAGAAAUGACUCUAUGUCUUCUAGCAUCAUACAAGCCAAAAAACAGCAUGAACCAAGAACGGUGCAGUCGAGUCCCCCUUCAUACUCACUGGAGCGAGUGAUGGCAGGAUUUCGAACACGUAGUCAAAUGCUUCUUGAUUUAAUUGAAGAACAGGAUGAAGUUUUGCAUGAAAAGUUUUCAGAUGAUGAAGAUGAUAAGCUAGAAAAUACUGACAGAAAUAUCAAAUUUUAAACCAGCUACUUUUAUUUUAGACGUUCUAUCAACCGGACCUGGACACGAAAGCAAACACCACUGAGUACGGAAAUGACCAAUGGUGCAGCCAAACCUGUCUCAAGUACGGAUAUUUCUACAGGGGCAAUUGAAUCACUUCAAGAAAGUCAGGUACUUAAUAUAAAGAAAUUAAAAAACACUAAUCUUCAUCUUGCUGAUGCAAAGCAGAAAAUGCAAGAACUUACGAUCAACAUCAAAAUGAAAGAAGAUCUAAUUGAAGAGUUAGUAAAAACAAGCAAUGAUGCUCAGUCAGUAAACAGGCAAUAUUCCCUUAAGAUUUCUCGGCUAGAACAAGAAGUACAACAUGCCAAAGCCGAACUGUCUGAGGCACAGAAACAGCUGCAAGAGCUAGAGAACAAAGAACUGAGAGACAUUGCCUUGAAAACUAAGUUACAAAAAGAUUUCCGCAAGAAAAUGGAGGAUGCCAAACUAAAAGUACAGGUUCUGCAAAAGAAACAACAUGACACAAAGAAGCUCGAAACCUUCUCUGUACAAAAUGAGAAGCGUAUUGCAGAACUUGAACAAAAUGUGGAUCACAUGCGGCAGGAACAGGCUCAGCUGCAAAAGAAGCUGCGAGAAGAAGCUGAAAAAAAGAAGAAGCUAGAGAAUGAGGUCCAAAAGGAUCAGCAACAAAUCAAAGAGCUCCAGUUAAAAACUGAGCAGCAGAAGAAGAUAUUAAAACUGAAAAAUGAAGAAAUUGCAUCAAUUAAAAGGAGGAAGAGUGUUCCUGGAAUUCAAGACCAAAUCCAGCAAAAAUUGGAAGAGCAAAAGAAAUGGCUUGAUGAGGAGGUUGAGAAGGUCUUGAAAGAGCGACAAACUCUUGAGGAACUGGAAGAAGAUUUAAAGAAAAGGGAAGAGAGUAUUGCAAAGAAAGAAAACCUUCUGAAAGAGAGGGGUCAGCUUGAAAUAAAAAAGCUUAGAUCCAGUCAGGCUUUAAAUACUGAUAUGUUAAAACUGUCAAGCCGUCUGAGUAUGUUGGAGCAAGAGAUGAAUGAUAAAACCAAGAAACUGCAAAAUGGCAAUGGCGAGGAGCAAAGGAAAGUGUCAGAGAAAUUAAAAGUUCUGCUUAAAGAAAGGGACCAUCUCCUUCAGAGAAGAGACAGCCUGGAUUAUAAACUGAAAAAUGGCAAUGUGCUUUCACCAGAGGAGGAACACAUCCUAUUCCAGCUGGAGGAAGGAAUAGAAGCACUAGAGGCUGCCAUUGAAUACAAGAAUGAAUGCAUACAGAGUCGACAGCAGUCUAUGAAAGAUGCUUCUCAGAUACUUUCACAGAGUGAAGCUAACAUUAUUGAAAAAUUUAACGCCCUCUCUCCUUUUGAGAUUAAAUCUAUUCUUGUCACAUACUUCAACAAGGUUGUAAGUCUUCGUGAGAAAGAGCGUAAGAUGAAGAUACAAUCAGAAGAAUUGGCCAUGAAAGUCUUGGAGAGGGAGAAUAUUAUGAGAGAGUUGGAGUCUACUUUGGAACAUAUUAAACUACAAAAUGACAGAAGACUGAUCCAGCAACAAAAGGAACAUGAGCAAAAGAUACAGCUUCUGUUACAGCAGUUUACAGACAAUACUGGAGAACCUGUUGCAGAAAAUGUCAAAGCAUAUGAAGUAAAAAUUAAAGAACUUGAGAAAGAACUUUUCUUCUACAAAAAAACCAGUCGAGAGUUAAAAACGAAACUCAGAGAGGUGGUGGGAGAAGCAAACCUGAUAACUUCAAAAAGCAAUGGCACUGGGCAUGGUUUGCAGAGAAAGGAUAACAUGGGACCAUCUUUGUUGGAGGAACAGAAGUUGCUAUCCAAGCCUGAAAACAAACACACUAAGAAAUCUAAGGAAGCAGAAAACUAUGUGCCAAACACUGGAUUACAGCAAGACAAAAAUUUUAGGGAUGAUUUAGACAUGGAAGAGCCAUUUGAUUUGGGUAGUCAGUAUAGAAGGUAUUACAGUAAAGAUGGUUACCAGGAAGAAAUUGAGGAGGGAUAUGUUGCAAAACCACAGUUAGUUUCCAGUUUGUCAAAUUUGGAUCCCAAAAAGUUAGAACUCGGAAGGACUCCAGUAAAAAAGUCUCGGCGAGAGUUACGCCAGAUCUCUGUGUCCGAGUUAUCAACACGACGCUCUAGCAUAAGCUCAAUGACAGUCGAUUCUAUUGAAGUUGUACAAAAUUCACAGGACUUUAGAACUUAAUACAUCUAGCGCUUUCUAAAGCUCAGCACUUACAGCACGUUUUUGCAUUGGAAUAUUUCGGUUCAAAAAAGGCAUUGGCUUUCAUAUAAUCGACAAAGCUUUAAUUAACUUAAGAAUACAUACAUUUCGUUUUAAAAACAAAUAAAAAGAAUUCUAAUGUAAAGUAUAA